GCACCGUGCUAACAAAUUCACAGGCCAUUGUCCAACCUUACCUCUGUUGAACAGCUCCGGCCAUCAACUCCAGAUCAAAAAUCAGUGAUGGAGAUUGCAUAUACAUAACACCUCCAAAUCCUAAAACAUGACCACCACUGCACACACAAUCUCUCUAUAUUUACACACAUAUAUAUUUGUACAACUCUGUUUUCGUCGAUACAUACUAGUAUACAAAAAUAAAAUGCUCAGAUGAAGAUGUUGAGACACUGUACAAUUGACGCUCACACGAAGACUGUGCUCUUACUUUCUUCUCUCUCCUCUUCAACCUCUCCUUCCUCCACAACAAGAACAAUCAGAGCAUGUAGAACACUCUUUACGCAUUCAAACCCCAGUACUGUCCUUGCUAAACCACCACAAUUUCACUCUUCUUGUUUCUCUCUUCCCGAAACCCUAAUUUUUUCCCCAACUUCUCAUUCCUCGAAUCUCAAUUCUAGAAGCGCUUGCAGUUUCGUCUCCGAUUUGAGCUUCGUCGUCGCUCAAUGCAUGUCACCGUCUUCGUCGCCGGAUACGAUGGAGUGGAACGACGUCGUUUCGUGCUCGGAGGUUGGGGAUGGUAGCAAUGGUGGAGGUGUGAGUGAGGAGGAUGUGAAGAUCUCUAUUCCAGUUAGGGCUUAUUUCUUCUCUACUAGUGUGGAUUUGAGAAGCUUAGUGGAACAAAACAAACCCAAUUUCAUUCCGCCUACAUCCCGUAUGACCAAUUAUGUUGUUCUAAGGUUCAGCGACAACAAGUUUGAGCCGAAUGGUUCGGGUUCCAGUUUAAGUGGAAGUGACUGCUGUUACAUGGUAGUUUUUCAGUAUGGCUCAAUUGUCUUGUUUAAUGUUCAUGAUCAUGACGUUGAUGGAUAUAUUAAAAUCGUAGAAAAGCAUGCUUCAGGAUUGCUCCCUGAGAUGAGAAAGGAUGAGUAUGAGGUGAGAGAGAAACCAACUCUAGUAACAUGGAUGCAAGGUGGAUUAGAUUACAUAAUGUUGCAGUACUUGAAUAUUGAUGGAAUCCGUACCAUUGGCAGUGUUCUUGGUCAAAGUAUUGCUCUUGAUUACUAUGUACGCCAGGUUGAUGGAAUAGUUGCAGAAUUCACUGACAUUAACCGUGGGAUGGAAAAAACUGGAACCUUUACAAUGGAAAGGAAAAAACUUUUUCAAUUAGUGGGAAAGGCAAAUUCUAAUCUAGCUGAUGUGAUUCUUAAGCUUGGACUUUUUGAGAGAUCGGACAUUGCCUGGAAGGAUGCCAAAUAUGCUCAGAUUUGGGAAUAUCUCAGAGAUGAAUUUGAAUUAACUCAGAGAUUUGCAAGUCUUGAUUUUAAAUUGAAGUUUGUGGAGCACAAUAUUCGGUUUCUUCAGGAGAUCCUUCAGAACAGGAAAUCAGAUUUUCUGGAAUGGCUUAUUAUCAUAUUGAUAGGUGUGGAAAUUCUCAUUUCUGUUUAUGAUAUUGCCCAUAAAUCUGCAAUUACUUCUCUAUGACCUAGCUUCCAGUGAUGCUUGAAAUUGUAAACUAAGUUUCAGUUUUGAUUGAUGGCAGAAUUGCUGUAUGUAUACCCUCAAAUACUGUAUGUUGUAGAUUGAAAAAGUACAAUAGUUAUCUCCUCUGAAAUUUUUGGUAAUUAAUCUCCCUUGUGUAGUGUUCAACGACACACCCCCAAUAACAUGCUCGUUGCGGAGCUUGAA